ACCAUGAAGCACCAGUCUAUCUCUGGAUGGCUGAGUCAGCUGGGAUUGCCACAAUACUGCGUUGCCCUGGAGCGAGAAUACGAUGGUGUUGAGGACCUGCUGCACCUCUCAGAAUGUGAUCUCUUGGAUGUAGGUGUUCACAACCACCUCCAUCGUUUGCACCUCCUUACCUCCCUACGCCUCCUCCAGGAGCGAGAGAGGAAGAAAGAGUGGAGGAUGAUGGCAGAGGGGCGUUUUGCCAGCUUGCCCAGGUCACUCCAUGCACAUCACACACUGGGUGGCACUUCCCACGGCCACGUGCCUGCCCUUGGUUCCCCCAGUGGGAGUAGCUGUCCCUCAAGGAAGCUGCAAGACUCCAUUGCCUCCUCCAUGGACCUUCUCAGCACUAGACCAAGUCUCAUACCAGGUUGCAAUGGCACAGAGUUUCCUGUAGCUUCAUACAAGCACGUAUCUAUUCAUGGAACUCUGCCUCGGCGCAAGAAGGGAGGGUCCACCAGCACCUGGGACCCCAGAAGCACUCAGUCAGUAUUUAAUGGAGGCUCCACAUUCGUCGCUGCACCAGUCCACCAGGCCAUGACAUUGCCACCAGUACAACAUAUAAUGGGCGAUUUCCAUAAUUACAGGGAACCAACAGCCGGCUUGGAUGCCACAAUGGACUAUGUUAAGUUUUCCCAGGAUCAGUUCAUCCUGGACGGUCCAUCAGAGAAGCUUCGCAGAGAGCUGGAGGAAGAACUUAAGAUGAACUGCGAUGAGCCCAGAAGCCAUGCUUGGUAUCAUGGAGCGAUACCUCGACAGGUUGCCGAAAACUUUGUGCAGCGAGAUGGAGAUUUCCUGAUUCGUGAUUCACUGUCCAGUCCAGGAAGUUACGUCCUGACGUGUCAAUGGCGAAAUACAGCCCAGCAUUUUAAAAUUAACAAAAAGGUGGUAAUGCUGAAUGAAGCCUAUUCCAGAGUUGAGUACCGUGUGGAGCGAGAAGGUUUUGACAGCAUUCCUGCUCUAAUAAGAUAUUACGUCGGGAACCGAAAACCUGUCUCUCAGGUGGUUGGUGCUAUUAUAUUCCAGCCAAUCAACCGCACACUGCCAUUACGUUGCUUGGAACAAAAAUACGGACUGUCAAGUAACCAUCGAGACGCAGGACUGAUAGAACAGGAACGGCGACGUCAGAAGCGCCUCAGCCUCAACAUUACCAAUGGUCACAUUCAAGACAACACACAAGGCGUGCACGAUGGCGCCCAUUACCACAAUAACGGCAUGGGUAGAGGAAGCCAGCUCAGGUUAAAAGAUCGUUGCGGCAGUCAACCGGCAAGUCUCAAUCAACUCCCGGAGAAGCGGCGACCGCUGAAAGCGCACCAAUCAGAAAGCUUUUUACCACUAGGAUCUAAACCUCAGAACUACCAGCCCUCGGACACCCUUCUCCUGAGUCCAAAUGCCAAGUCUCCUGUGUUUAGGACAGGCAGUGAACCAUUGCUGAGCCCGUCAAUGGCACGGCGGUCUGCGGAAACAGUGCCAGGUCAACCAAUCCGGGGCUCUGACAGCCAAUUGUUUCCGAAACCUCCCCCCAAACCCAGCAAAGUCCCGUUGUCACGACUGCCUCGCUUCCCCUGCCUUCAGCUCCCAGGUCCGCCUUCGAACUCCACCUGCCAAAGCACGUCUUCGCCCACUCUGGACUCAACAUGUGGGGAAACUCCUGUUUGUUCACUGAGGAUAGGAGGUCCUCCUGUACCUCCGCUGAAGUCUAUCCACACAGACCUACAAAGCUCCUCCAGCUGCGUGCUUCCACAGCUUCAGAUUCCCGACUCUGAGGCAAUACCAAGACGAACUGAACUCCUGGCACCCUCUCCCGCAGACCAAAGAUCUUGCAGCCCGCUGGAUUGGAAUGAACCGAACUCUCCUAACUCCAUCCCAGACAACGCCCAUGAACUUGAACAGCUGCCUUGCAGCUAUGUUGAGAGACUGAGGCAAGAAGAGGAGGGUGUGCAUGAAGCGGGAGUGCAAAGAGGACUGGACAGAAGCUCGUACCAUCACGCUAUCGAGGCUUUGGAAAACACCAGUGAGGAUGAGGAAGAAGAGGAAACAGGGAGGGACGACCAGGAAGAGAAGACGAACGUUUUCCAGAGGCCGGUAGUGGAGACGGAGUCAGUGUUUCGGCCAACGGAAUUCGACUCUAGACUUUUACCGGCUGAAAACAAACCGCUGGAGAUGUUGGUUUUAAAGAGAGCCAAAGAGCUGCUGCUGAGCCACAACCACCACAGUAUAGCCAGACACCUGCUAAUGGCUGACUGCCAGGUGGCAAGGAUACUUGGAGUGUCGUCUGAGCAGAGAGGUCAGAUGGGUGUUGCUUCCGGCCUGGAGCUGGUCACGUUGCCACAUGGUCGACAGCUGAGGCUGGACCUGAUGGAAAGGCACCACACCAUGGCGAUAGGCGUCGCUGUGGAUAUUCUGGGGUGUACAGGCAGCGUGGAGGAGCGAGCCUGCACCUUGAAUCGCAUCGUCCUGGUUGCAUUGGAGCUGAAGGACUCUGUGGGCGACCUAUUUGCAUUCACUGCCCUGAUGAAAGCUCUGGAAUUACCACAGAUCAGUCGUCUGGAGGACACAUGGACGACUCUAAGGAGGAAUUACACACAGACUGCCAUCACCUAUGAGAAGACUCUGAGACCUUUCUACAAGAAUCUCUACGAAGGAACAGCUUCCUGUCCUGCUACGGUGUGCAUUCCAUUCCUGUUGCCUCUCAUCACUUUACUGGAGCGUCCGUCCAUAUCACCGGAGGGGGCGGAGCUCUGGGAGACCAGUGACCAAGGCUGCGACAUCAUGCUGCGUCACCUCGAGGCCGCACGUCAUGUCGCUCAUAAUGCACAAAGCUACACAGACAAUGCACAGAGGACCAUGAAUGGAUUCCAGUGUGAUGAGGAACUUCUGGAGGUGUUCAAGACAGAUUUUCAGCUGCGGCUUCUGUGGGGGAGUCGCGGCGCUUCGGUCAACCAAUCAGAUCGCUUCAGCAAAUUCAACCUCAUCCUUACUGCGUUGUCAAGGAAGCUGGAGCCCAAAAUACACACUUUAAUUUGA